UUCUGGUUUACAGCACUAACUUACCGCAAUGUGCAGAAGGCAUAAUUCACAACCAUGUGAGGUUGAUCACCAACUUAGACUCCCCGAUUCUCUUCUGCCUUCCGUUGUGCUCCUUUUCUGUCCCGUUCGAGACGAUGGUAACGACUGGUGAGCCAGAGACUCGGUGUGUACGAGGCUGUUGCGUGAGCGCAGAAGUAAAGCUGAACGUGCCUAAAGCAGACAUAAGGGCAGGACCGCUGAUUGCAAAGGGCCCCGAAAGCAGCGUAUAUGAAGGGUCUUUCUUGGACCAGCCGGUUGCUGUGAAGAAGCCACGAUUGUCAACAUCCGAAGAUAUGGAUCGAUUCCACAAAGAGCUGAAGCUCCUUAGCUCGCUCAAGCAUCCCCACAUCGCCACGCUACUUGCUGCACGAGCUUAUCCUCCUGACUAUCUCCUGGUUUUCACCCUCUAUCGUGGAGGGAACCUUCAUGAAGCACUUCACACGAAACAGUGGAAGCCAUCUUUGCUGGAUGUCCUUCGCAUAGGCUAUCAGGCGGCUCAGGCACUAGCUUACAUUCAUUCGUCGGGCGUUGUGCACCGGGAUGUGAAACCAUCCAACAUUCUGCUUGAUGAUUCAGGCGACGCAUUUUUGUCUGAUUUUGGUCUGGCAGCGCACGCCAGCGAGUUCCAGAAGCAUUCUGCUGCAAAUUGGCAAUCAACUGGGAAACCAACAGGGGGGUUUCACAAGAAGAACAUGGUUGGUACUUUGAGAUACAUGGCACCUGAGAUCCUCAAGAAGGAUGUUCACACCCUGAAGUCAGAUGUUUAUAGCUUCGGCAUCACUUUCAAUGAGCUUGCCACCGGGGUCAUCCCUUACUCUGACUGUACAACAGACGUCCAGGCUCACACCGUUUUGGAGAUGGACUACUCUGAACAGCAGCUGGCUGCAGCCAUUACCACAUUCAAUCUCAGACCAAAUCUUCCUGGUCGAAACACUCCGGCCAUGGCGAAACUGCGGAGCCUCAUUGAAGAGUGCUGGCAUUCAGACAUGAAAAUACGGCCUUCGAUGUCUGACGUGGCCCAUGGCAUCGAGGGGAUUCUUUCAGGCAGUGUGCCUCUUCCCAUGGUCCACGCCCAACAGCCGAGCUUAGUCCACAGCCAACCAGGAGCGUCGCAAGAAUUUUUGCCAGAAUCAUUCACGACUUCCAAGGAAACUGUGUUGUCUAGCAAGGUCGUGAACCUUGCCGCACAGGCGGCAGCCCACACGUCAGCGAUUUCCAUUGGGUCUUUUGCAACAAGUGGAGCAAGAGAGAAGAUGGAGGACCGGCAUUUCAUGAAAGAUUUCCUGGCCGGGUCCUCUGCCAUUCAUUUGUUUGGGGUUUUUGAUGGUCAUCGAGGGUAUGAAGCUGCGGAAUUCUGCGCACAGAACCUCCCUGAAAUCGUUAUGGACAAGCUGUCCGAUCUCAGUCCACCUGAGGCUCUUGUGGCAUCAUUCUUGGCGACUGACAAGGCCUUAGAAUCAAAGCUGAGAAAUCAGCGGAAGACCCGGACUGACAGUGGCAAGGGGUGGUAUCCAGGGUGCACAGCAUGCGUGGCCCUUGUGAUUGGAGCCGACAUGUAUAUUGCCAACGCUGGCGACUGCAGGGCUGUUUUGAAGCAGUCUGGUCAAGUGAAGGCACUGUCGCGGGAUCACGUCGCCAGUGACCCAGAAGAGCGCAGUCGAGCCGAGAAAGCUGGCGGUUUGGUGCAGUGGCGAGUCAACACUUGGCGCGUGGGAGUAGCUGGCAUUGAAGUUACACGGUCAUUGGGAGACCAUGACAUGAAACCUGCAGUGACAGCAGAACCGGAAGUUAUGCACCACAAGCUUUCUGCAGACGAUGAGUUCCUGGUCAUGGCGAGUGAUGGGUUGUGGGAGAAGUUAAGCAAUGAAGAGGUGGCACAGUAUGUGCUAGACACUGUAAAGGAGCCCUCAAUGAGCAGCAAACGCCUAGUGACAGAGGCAGUAGAUCGGGGGAGUCAAGACAACGUCACAGCCAUCGUUGCAUACCUGAAGAAUGUAUCUACUGUAGAAAGGAUCUUCUAGCUUUGUUCACAGUGGAGUUCUGAUGAAACUGAAGGUGCAGUCUGCAACGUGUAGUCUGUUUUUUCAUCAUUUCAACAGCCUGCAAGAUCAA